ACACUGACCUGAGAUGGCGCUAUACUCUUAGCAACCAGACUUGACAACGGCUUGCUUGGCCGACCUACAAUUUACAAAGCUGUUUCAUCUUGAUAGAAAAUAUGUUGAAAAUGCCAAGAACUUGAUUAUUUUUUCGCGAUAGGAUUUAUGAAUGAACAUGUGACUUGCCAUUGGUCACCAAGUUAUUUUGGGCUGGUAGCAACGUCAAGGAAAGUCACUGUUUUAUCAACUCAAUAAACCAACUGGCAACAAAAUAUGUAGCUGUCCAUUGAAGCAAGAGUCAACAGCAAACUGCAAUCCAGUAAUUCAGCUUCAAGAAACACCAGGGAAAAAAGUUUUAACGAAACAAGCAUAAGUACUGAUUUGUUUAUUUUGUAAGCAAAGUAAUAUCUGGCAACAUGCCCCCAAAGAAGAAGGGAGGAAAGAAGAAAGGGAAGAAGAGCGGGAAGAAGAGUGGAAAGAAGUCAGCGAGGGCGUCGUCUGCACCAGACGGAGGGAACCUGAGUGAAGUUGGCAAAGAAUUCUUUCUGAUUCAGAUCCGAGAUUUGGAAAGGAGGCUUAUCAGGUACCAGCAAAAAUGUGACGAGCUUGAGGUGGCCAAUGGCGAAUUCAAAUCCCGCUAUGACCAGAUGGGGACCGACAAGAAGGAGAUCGUUGCCUUCUUGAAGAAGCAGCUGGAGCAGCGUCAGGACGAGAUAGCAGACCUCAACGAUCGUCUGGUGGGUCUCCAGCAGGCCAAGGAUACCGAGAAGGAUGCCUACGAGGCCCAGCUUGCCCAGCUACGCAACGAGUUCCAGGAGACCAAGGACCAGCUGACCUCAGAGAACAUGAUCCUCAGUGGGAAAUUGGCUGCACUGGAAGAGUUCAAAGUUCAAAAAGAAGAUUUAAACAAAAAGUUUGAGCAGAUGGAAGAGGACUUGAAAUCCCAAGCCGACGGUCACAAGGACGAAAUCUACAAGCUUGAAAAGAAACAAGUGGUAGACAAGGACAGACUGAAACGUGAGAUGGUGCUUCGCGUCAACCAGGUCGCCGCCGAGUUCCGUAAGGUCUCCAACAAGCAGAUGGCCGACACCACCAAGCGUACCAUCCGUGAGAACGUGAGCAUCCACGCCCAGCUGGGCAAGAUGUCGGACAAGACCAUGGAGUUGAUCGAGGAGAACGAGGAGAUGAGGGCCAAGGAGAAGAAGCAGAGGCAGCAGAUAGAGAUGCUGGAAAACAACGAGAAGGAACUGGCCAAGAAGAAUCAUAGUAAUCAGAAGGUCAUCAGGAUGCUGACAGAGAAAGCCAAACAGCAAGAGGAUGUCAUCGCCGACCUGGAGGAGAGGGAGAAGGAGUACCAGGAGCUGGAGGCGGAGAUGGGUCUCCUUCGGCAGCAGGCCGACUCCUCCAGGGAGGAGCUCCAGAGCAUGGGCAGGGAGUCGGAGCAGUUGAUGGAGCGGAUAGAGCUCCUGGAGAAGGAGGCCGCUCAGAUGGCUGACAUCAAGGUCAAGCUGGAGAGGAUUCUUGCGGAGGCUGCCUACUCGCUACACAGGAUACUCAUGCGCAACCCUGACAGGGAGAGCUCUACUGGUCCAAUGAGCCUCGAGGAAGUUGAACAGAGAGACAACAUGCUUGAACAUCUCCUUGUGAUCCUCAACAGUGCCGCAGCCAUCGGCGUUGGUCCAGCCCCAGAGUCUUUCAUACCUCAGGAAGAGCAGGUCUACAGGACCAAGAGCCGGGAGGCCAUGUACCCUGGCUCUGGCAAGGGACUUAAACGAGGGCUGGCCCCACUCUCCCCCAUUGCCAAGGGAGUGUCCACCCUACCCCACUACAGGAUGGGGGACCUGGGUCUGGUGCCCCGGCCCAAACCCUCCUCAUUCCCAUCGGACAAGACCAGACAGCUCUCGGCCACCAGCCGUCUGAACAGAUUACAAGGGGUCAAGUCAAGGUCUGUUGGGAUCCAGACUACCAGCUCAGCUAAGCCUUUGUUCAGACCUGACCAACUCCUCGGAACGGAUGCUUCAUUCGCGAAAUCCGCUCUGGUACAAGAACUGGCCAUCACGCACAAACAGCGCUCUCUGGCACCAGUCAUGGCACCAGGGAAGGCCGUCCGAUGAUCGUCAUCGAGUCUUCUUCUUUCACCCUUGAAGCAGCUAUGUGAAAGCGAGUCUUAGACAUACUGUGAAAGGAACUUUUUUGUGCAACUUGUUGGAAACAGUGUCAACUUAUAAUCAUGAAUGGAUAUCACGCAGAUAUAAUGGACUGCACAUUGUUGAAUAUUUACAAGAAUUUAGGACACACCCACCUACACAAGUGUUUAUAUAAUGGAAGCACUCCAUGGUUAAAUUGUAACUAAAUGAUAAACUGCCUGUGUGUUUUAAUCAUACAUGCACACACACAUACACACGUCCGCUCUGUAUGCAAUAUAAACAAUCACCAUAUCAAUAUUAUGAUUGCCUGUGCAUGUGGAAGUCAAUUCAGUGUCUUAUUUUUUAAAAUGUAAAUCAAUAUGGAAUUAUUAAUUUUCAUUCAUAAUGAUCACCCGUUAAUAUUAUACUUGACUUUUUUUUCAUCAUAAAAUGGGAUUUAAUACAAUGGGAUAUAGUAAAUUUGUCAUAAUUAAUAACAUCUACUAUAUAGCUAAUAUUGAUUAACUCCCAAAAUAUUACACAUGAGAUAAGAAUCAAUUCCUCAAAAUAACUUUCACACGAAUACUCAUCAUGGUUUUCCAAGUUUUUGUAUUUAAAUGAAUAUUUAUAGAAUUAUGUUUUUUAUGAUUUUGUAUAUUUCAUUAUUAUGACUUUCUUGAUAUGUUCUUUAAGUAUGUAAAUAUGUAAAUGUAGGAUAUUUUAUGAUAAAAUCUAUUUGGAAAGUAUUAAUGUACAGAGCACAACAACUUCGACAAGUGCUUAACAUAUUGAAAUUUUGGAAUAUCAACCAAAUGCAAUCUCAUCUUCCAAGUGGUUGGAGUGUGGGUGAAAAGAGCUUAAACUGUGGUUAUCUCAUUAGACUUCUUAAUCUAGAAUAAUGAAAGGAGAUCUUCUCUUUUUGAAAAACUGAUGUGAGAGUGUUGUUUCAAAGUUUAGUGGAAGGUUGAUUUCGACAAGUUCCCUUUUUGGUUUUGUUGGAAAUUCUUCUCUCUUUUUUUGGCCAUUAUGAUUCCUUUUUUAACAUUUUGGUUGCACUAGGCUUGCAGGUCUGUCAACAGCAAUUUGUGUCAGCUGGCUAUGAUACUUUCAAUAAAUUUCCACAGACUGAGGUCUUCAUCUCCUGAAUUCAAAAUUUGAGGACCUGUCAAGCUUUUAAACAGCUAAGUCAAGUGCAAAAUGAUUUUCAUCUUAAGCCAUGCAGACAGCAUCAUGACAUCAUUCAUUGCAUGACAUAUCACUCUUUCAAAAUGUUAUGAUUUUUGAAGAAAUUCAUACUGAAAAUGUUAAGAUUAUUAUGAUUUUACAUAUUCUCAGAGUGAGUCAUAUUUCUAGGUAAUUUUAAAUAAAGGAAGUUGAUGGAGGUGCUGGUAUACACUCUCUAAUGUGAUGCACAAUUAAUGUCUCUCCUUGGUAUGUCAUGGAAUUAUUUGCUUGCACUAAAAUGGAAAAUCAAUAUUUCACACACCACACACCAAAUAAAGAAUCACUAUAUUGUGUGCAAGUAUAAUGCAAGUUUAUAUGUUAAGAAUAUUAUGAAAUGAAAGAUUUUCCAUGAUGGAAUGUAAAGAAAAUCAUUGCUUUAAAAAGUACUGCAUCCACUCUGUUUAGAGAAAUAUGCAUUUGUUCACCAUAUUUAUGCAGCUGUCUAAGGGUGGUUUUCACAAGUGUGUUUUACUCAUCUUUGCUCUUAGAAUUGAAGUUAUGAUAUAAAUAUUCUUUAAGCUAAAUCCCUCCCUGAAUAUUAGUCUGAUACUGUAUGGUUUUUAUUAUUCCAUUUUCACAAUGAUGUACCUUUUGCACCUUGAAAUGUGCAACAGGUAUGUAAUGAUUGCGCAAUACAAUUAUGUGAUUGUAUUUUAUGAAGAGAGGCAUAUACUCUCUUACAAUGAAGUGAGUUUUAACUUUUAAGUCCUUUAUGCUAUUUUGAAGCUUGGUUCAGUACACCUGUUUGAGCUUACUAUAUCGUUUAUGGGAUCCAAUAGGAAAUCAAGAAAACCACCAGAAACCAUUAGAAACUUCCUGUAUAGGUUUCCAUGAGAUUUUUAACCCAGUAUUUAUUAGUCUGCGUGCACAGACCCUAAUAAUCAGUAUGUGAAUCUUGAUUCGAAUCUGGCGCAAAUGCAACUUGCAUGAGUGGUGUCAGAUCGAGAUGAAAUUAUGAAAGUGCAUGCUUUCAGUAUGUUCUAGAUGAUGAUGUUGCUGGCUUUCCAUACUUGUAGUUGAAAUUGAUUGAAUCAAUCUUAUUCCUUUGUAAGACUAAGACACGGCCCUGAUGUAUGCAUACAGUGUAUUUUUCCAUUCCUCCAUAAUGCAUUUUAUCCCUUCCGUCCAGUGAAACAUUUCCAAUCAAUUUUAAAGUUGUAGAUUUGAACGAAUCGAAAAUCCAUCCAGGACGUUUGCUUUGCUGAUCUGUAUAUCUUACAAUAAACAGCACAGUAUUUUAUCAAAAA